AUGAACCCACCAUAUGGUACUGCGUUAAUCAUUAAUGUCCAACAUUUUCAUGGCACAACUAAAGAAGGGGUUACAUUGGAUUUACGAAGAGGUUCUCAUAUAGACUUUGAAAAUUUGAAACAAGCGUGGAAACAAUUUGGCUUCGAUGUGGUAGCAUACGAGGAUUUGAAAGCUGAUGAAAUUCGAACAGUUGCUCAAGACACUGCAAAUAAAAUCAAUAAAAAUUCGAGCAUUUUUGUAUCGGCCAUUACAACUCAUGGUGAUAGGGGCAAAAUAUAUGGUUCUGAUUCCGAGUAUCUUGAAAUUAAGGAGGUUACGGAUGCAUUUAAAACAACUAAAUGUCCAUCUUUGGCUGGGAAGCCAAAACUCUUCAUCAUCGUAGCCAGUGGAGUACGUCAAAACUUUACUGGUGGCUCAAUCCUUCCGGCAGUAGGCUUAACCAAUCCGACAGCAACUCUGGAAACAGAUUCUGGUGAUCCAAACACGCCAGUGGCAGGUGUAACAACUGAUGCACCAGCACGAUGCGAACCAGCACCAAUGAUAGGUUUGACAAAUGCAGUAAAGCCAGGUGGUGGUGAUGAUGAUGAUUAUGACCAUAUGAAUGAUUCGAUAUUUCGUGAAAAGUUGGAUCCAGAUGAACCUCACUUUCUAAUUGCAAUUUCAUUAGCACCAGGUAAACUAAAAUUAAACCCCGGUCCUGUUUCAUGCUAUUGUACAUUAUUCCAGGUACAUGCUGAAACCGUUUUGAGAAAAUCUACGAACGUACCCGAAAAAUCAUUGUUUUUGUCAGUGGGCUACAAGCCCACAAAAAUAUGUAUUAUUUGUUCCUGGACUACAAGUCGAUGGCUACACUGCGUAUUUUUUUAGGCUACACAAAAUUGUUGUGCGGUCUUCAGAAAAAAUGUGGUAAGGGUUAGGGUCAACAGAAGUGCCUAGUUGGGGUACAAGUUAGGUGCAGGACUAGUGUCGGGCUAAAGUAUGGGUUAAAAUCAUAGUUAUAGGAUUAGUUUAAAAAGUAUUUUGUUCAAAAUAUGUUACCUUUCUAGACAAACCCGUCACGGGGUACCAAAGCCAGCUACACUCUGGGAAAGGCGGAGUGUCUGUUAACUUAUUCAACAGUUAA